UCGAUUCCCAUCACCAGCUGCCAUACUUCGCACUCUCACGAUAUCCAUUAUACUGAACCGCCUCUUCAAGAUUCAAGAGCUGUUCUCCUCCUCCAAUAUAUAUUCUCAUAAUUAAACUCUCCAACAUGGUCAUCAUCAAGAACGUCCUCCUCCUCGUCACAGCCGCCACAGCUCUCACCCUUGGCAAGCGAGAUGUCAACACCAUCCUCAGCGAUAUCUCCACCAUCGACUCCAACGUCAAGGCCCUCACCACCGCCGCAAACAACUACAACGGUGGCGUCCUUGCAGCCAUUCCCAUCACAAGCGCGGAGUCCACUCUCGACAAAUCCAUAAACCAAGGGACAAGCGAUGCUCAGGCAACCUCUCAACUUUCUUCCGCCGACUCCAAAUCCAUCCUCGCUGCUAUCAAUAACCUGACGCCCGACAUCGCCGCUUCCUUGACGGCUGUCGAGAACAAGAAAGCCAAUUUCGCCGCUGAUGGACUUACCUCUAUCGUCCAGAAUGAUCUCGCGACGCUCAAAAGCGAUACAGACGCUUUUGCUGAUGCUCUGAUCGCUAUUGCUUCUGCUGAUAGCAAAGAUCAGGCUACGGCACAGAAGGCAACUAUUGAUUCGGACUUCCAGGGUGCCAUUGAUGACUUUGCCAAUUAAAGGCGGUACUUGUGAGACAGGGCUGCUGUGUCAUGACGUGCUGAG